AUAUAUGUAUGUAUCUACGUAUGCACAUAAACCAACACUCGGUAAAGAUUAAACAGAAUAAACAAACUCGAAAAACUACAGCACAAAACGAAAGAGCUCGGAACUGAGCGUGAAUAGAAUUGUGAGUGUAUUCCGAAAGCAGAUUUAUUAGCACAUAAUGUAUUAAAUUCGAGAAUAAAUAAAAUAAGUCAUACAUCUCUGCCGGCUUUAUAACAUUUGAUGGAGAGAAUGAGAGAGUGAUAAAUGGGAAAAUACUCCAGAAUUGAGUCUUUGAAACGAUUAUUAAGCCAUGACGUCAGUAAAGGAAACUACAAGGUUAGCCGUAAAUCGACGAGGUCAAACAGACAAUGGGAAAACAAUUGAUCGUUUAACUAUCAUUGAUGAAUCCGAUUGCGAUUUUGAUUCCGAAUAUGAUUCCGAUUGCACAAACUUCUUUCUUAAUAUGUCUUUAAAAAAGUCUUGCCAAUGCCACAGCGCUAUGAAACGACAACAGAUGAUGAUGAUUAUGAGGAACAAUAGGAGCUGGCAGUUUCGAUUGGUAGUCACCCGAUAUGCGUCUAAAGUUUUACUAUCGAUUUUAUUAUCGAUCGUUAUUCUAGCAUCUGCCCAGGAAGUAACGAGAGACACAGAAAAAUUGCUUGGAUCAAACAGCACAGAAAGCCAUCGAAAUCAAACACAUACAACUGCUAUUGACACUCCUAUUAUAAAGGAACACAGCCAAAGCCAGAACCAAAGGCAGUCGGAUCAGCUCCUAGGUCAAAUGCCAGCAAGCAUACAAGGAUUUAGCGUAAACAGAAAUAGUUUGAUUAGUGGAGAUUCUGUGCUGCAACGUCAGCUGAGGGAGAAAGCGAAACAGGAUAGCUUGGAAUCAAUUAAAAUGCAUAUUUUGAUGCGACUGAACUUAAAGAAAUUGCCCAAUAUAACAAAACCAAUAAAUGUACCUCAGAACAUAUUGGAGAAUUUUUACAAAAACUAUAACUCCUCGCUUUUGAACUCGAUGUGGGGUCAAAAGAGUAAGCCAAACGGUGCUGCUAUUCCUGCUCCAAACAAGCCUGGAUCUGCUCUGUAUAUGCAUGAAGAUACUGUGACAGACUCUGUGAAUGUUACGCAAAACAUUAAACAGAGCUCUAAUAAUAAUUCUAAAUAUGAGGCGUCCAAUAGAAAUACGUCUUUGGAAAUGCAGGGUGACGAUCCUAAUAAUUUUAAAGAUUUUCAGUACAUCUAUAAUAUUGAAAUUGAUAAGCAUCAAACGGGUACAAUGCAUAAGGCCACUGAAUUUACAAUUAACGACGAUGAUAUUGAAUAUGAAAGCAUACUUUCUCAUAUAAACCGUGUUUAUAUAUUUCCAGAACAGCCCCAUGUACGACAUAAUCGGAAAACAGAUGUCUUACGCUUUAAAUUCGAAUCAGGAUCCUCAGAUAUUUCUUAUGUGACACUUCACUUGUAUUUGCGUGGAUUGGAAUGGAUCAGUAUCUAUCAACCGAAAAUGCUUGAAGAAUUGUCCGAUUUUCAGAAUAAGGAGAUUGUCGUAGCCUUGCAUCGGGCCAUACGUCGAGCAAAUAACACAAAUUAUACGCAUAAGGCAAAAAUCUUCGAGUUCCGACAUAAAAUUCCAACUGGAUUGGGUCAAUGGGUCAACGUGGAUUUGAAACCCUUAAUAGGUACAGGAGCCGCAAUAGAUCCCAGUCAAACCCAGGAGAUUUUUAUAAAAGGUGUCGAGCCAUGGAUGCGGCCCUUGGUUGUCACGACAGAUAGUACUGCAAAAAAUCCAUUGACCGUGCAUAUUGAAAUUGGCUCCCGCAAAAAACAUCGAAGAAAACGAAGCGUUUAUCUCGAUUGCACCGAGAACGAUCACGAUAUGCGCUGCUGUCGAUAUCCUUUAAAGGUUAACUUUACCAGCUUCGGAUGGCACUUUGUUGUGGCACCCACAUCAUUCGAUGCAUACUUUUGCAGCGGUGACUGCAGGGUUGGGUAUUUGGAGCAGUAUCCACACACGCAUUUAGCAGCGCUGACUACGUCGGCGACGCCAUGUUGUUCGCCAACGAAAAUGAGUUCCUUAAGCUUGCUGUAUUUUGACGAAAAUCACCAACUUGUGUUGAGUGUAAUACCAAAUAUGUCCGUAGAGGGAUGCAGCUGUUCCUAGCAGACAAUAUCAAUUUACAUAUGUAUAUGUACAUGUAUGCUAAUAUUAUAUGAACGAUUAAUUUUACGUAUUGCGUUUAGGUAUAAAUAAAAUAGAAUAAUCUAAUGCACAUAAUAAAUGCAGUGGAGUCCGGUUAUAGCGACAUUCAAGGGACCGACGAUUUUACGUCGCUAUACCCGGAGGACGCUUUAACCAGAAGGAGCAAAAAAAUAUUUCUUUCAUUUUUUUACCGUUGCCAUGUUCGUAAAGGCGUUUGACACAAAGAAAAUUAUAUUUGUAAUCAAACAACAAUUUUUUAUAUAUAUAUUAUACAUAUUAUUACAAUAACAUGCUAUCGAAACAUUUAUGUGACGUCGGCAUUGCAGCUUGUGUCUCUCUCUCUCUCUCUCUCUCUCUCUCUGUCUUAGCAGCAUUUGUGUCGCUGCUACGUACACACUGAUAAAUAGAAACAUAUACAUAUGUAUGUAUAUAUUUCUAACAGCAUAUUUUAAUGCUUAAAUUUGUUGUCAUUAUUUCGCAUUUUUUUUUCGACACGUCGUCAAAAAUGUGAAAAAAAAAAAUCGUCGGGAUAAGCGGAUUGUCAUUAAAAGCGAAGACCUACUAAGCGGAGGCUCUUUCAUAUAUGUUUUUAUGGGGACCAACCAAGACAUCGAAUUUUCGUCGACAUAUGUAACCGGUUGGACGCUUUAAGUGGAGUCGUUAUAACCGGAUUCCACUGUAUAUAAAUACUCGAAUAUGAACAUACAUACAUAUUUGCACAUAAACUUUGAAGUACCUGUAGUAAUGUUUGUUUUUGUUUGAGUAGGGCAUGAAUGAAUUUGUCAUUUACAUAAAUCUAGUUAUGUAUAAAAUAAUAAUAAAUAAAUAUAUGUAUAUAUAUUCCCUUCGAUCAA